AUGCGAUGAAAACAAAACGACAAGGUGGAAUGCAAAGAGCUCGCGUAAAUGCGAAAAAUAAAUCGAAAAACGCAGAAGUAAACAUUAAUUUAUAAGGAACACUUUCUAGGAUCGUCGAAAAAAUAACAAUGGCGCUGCUGCUGGUGCACUUGCGGCGCCUCAUUCUCCUGCUGACUGUCGUCUACCUGAGCGGAGCGGUAUUCCGCCGCCUCCUCACCGAGCGGCACCACGCCCACAUCCUGCAGGCGAACGGAUACAUGGGAUUCGGUCGCCUUCGAGGGGGCGGAGGAUCCAAGGAGCCGUACCACUUCCAGUGGUGGGCCUACAUCUACACCUGCUAUGCCUACGCCGUGCUAAUCAACUACGUCAGCACGCGCCGCAUGAUUAAUCUGAUCGAGUUCUUCUUGCACUGAAUUAAGGCGUUUUUGUUAAAUAUUAAAUGAAACUCGAUUAUUCGAGGUUUGAAAAAGUGACAAUUUAACA